AUGUGUUCAGAGAAGGUUGGCGUUGUUGAAUUAAUGGUACAGAAACGGUAUCAGCUCAGCUUGGCAGGACCUUUUGCAGCCAUACACUGCAUUCUGCACCAAGAAGCACUCUGUGGCAAAAGUCUACAAACGAAUAACGUGAUGGAUGUUGUCGUGAAGACGGUGAACUUCAUUCGUGCAUUGGGUCUUAACCACAGACAGUUUGUGUCCUUUCUAGCUGAUUUAGAAACGGAAUACGGAGAGUUGCUGUAUCAUACGGAAGUCAGAUGGUUGAGUCGUGGAAAAGUGCUGCAGAGAUUUUUUGAACUGAGACGGGCUAUAGCAUUGUUCAUGGCAAUGAAAGACAGAGGCAUACCUCAGCUCAGUGACCCAAUUAUUUACUCGGAUCUCGCUUUUCUUACUGACAUCAUGCAACAUCUCAAUGCACUCAAUUCACAACUACAGGGCACAAAGCAGCUGAUUACCGUGAUGUUUGACUUCAUCAAAUCAUUCAGAUGCAAGCUGAUUUUGUUGGCCACUCAGCUGGCAGAUGGAAACCUGGCUCAUUUGUCUUUUCUAUAG